CUUUGAGCUUAUUUCUAUUUCACAAAAGAGGAUUGUGCUUUAUUAAUACGUUGUAGUCCAAUCAUAAUAAUGGUUUGAGAAACAAUCCUUGAAAAAAAAAUGAAGAUGAGCGCCAAAAGCAUUUUCAUAUUAUUCAUUGAUGGCGGAAGAUGACAUGCUUGGUUUCUUACUCCUUACACAAGCAGCUGCAUCGAAACAAGCAACUAUUACCAAAGACUUGAAACAAAAAGAUUGUGAAAUAGUAUAUCAAGAAUGGGUUUCGUUGGAUCGUGAACGUGCUAAACGGUUUCUCCAGUUGUACUCCAAACCGAAUGAACAAGCUACCAAUGAAGCAGAAGAAGAAGAAAAAAUAGGAAAGCUAACUGAAAACUCAUGUAUGGCUUUCAUUGUAAAGAAAAAACAACUUUUGGAAACUUUCAAAGAAUUGUUUGACGGUCAAACCUCUAUGGAUAAAGGAGACUUGGAAGCCAGUUCUUUCUCGACGAAAUAUGGUUUUCCUUUCGAAUUGUUAUAUUAUUCUACGGAUAAGAGUAUCGCAAAGGAAUGCAUAGAGUUUUUCUUUCCGAACCUUGAUAUUCACAAUAUGUUGGAAAACAAUCCUAGAAAGUAUUUGGAAUCCGCAGUGGUACCCAUUCUUACUGCAGGUUUAACUCAACUUUGUAAAUUGGAGCAAAAACCGGAAAAUCCUUGUGAGUGGUUGGGACAUUAUCUUAUCCAACAUGAUCCUACCUUGUCUCCAAAGAAAAAGGUAUAUUUUAUAUUGGGUGGUCCUGGAAGUGGAAAAGGUACACAAUGUGAAAAACUUGUUGAAGAAUUUCAUCUAUGUCAUCUAUCAGCUGGGGAUCUUUUGCGCAAAGAAAUGCAAACUGGUUCUUCCAACGGACAGAUGAUUGAUCGAAUGAUCAGAAAUGGUGAAAUUGUACCUGGUCAUAUUACUAUUGAGCUAUUAAAAAAUGCAAUGGAAGAACAAACCCAAACUCCCGGCUUUUUGAUCGAUGGUUUUCCUAGGAAAUUAGAUCAAGCUGGAGCAUUUGAAAAAUGGGUGGGUGACUUUGAGUUUAUUUUGUUUUUGGAUUGUCCACAAGAGGAAAUGGAACAAAGAUUGAUGAAACGAGGACAAAUGAGUGGUCGAAGUGAUGACAAUUUGGAUAGUAUUCGCAAACGUUUUACUACUUUUGUAGAAACGACUAUGCCGGUUGUUGAGUAUUAUCGUUCUCGAGAGAAACUUGUGCAAGUGGAUGCUUCCAGAAGUGUAGAAGAAGUGUAUAAAGAUGUUCGUUCCUAUUUUAUAGAGUCGACAUGAAUUGGGUUGUGAAUGACGUUUGAAUCGUAUUGACAUAGUUUCAUGAUAUGCCAUUCUUUGGUAUGUGCUGUUGUUGUCAACAAAGAAUAAACACACAGAUUGCCUUCA